UUUAAUUCACAUUUUAAUUAUUUCCAAAAAUGCUGACCAGAAAAGCAGAAGAGCGAAAUGAGAAGAUCAUACGUGGCCUCAUGAAGCUGCCACCUAAUCGACGAUGUAUCAACUGUAACACUGUGGGACCGCAGUUUGUUUGCACAGAUUUCUGGACAUUUGUUUGCAUGAAUUGCAGCGGCAUACAUCGCGAGUUUACACACCGUGUGAAGUCCGUGUCUAUGUCAAGGUUUACUUCCCAGGAAGUUGAAGCUCUGCAAAGAGGAGGCAAUCAGCGUGCAAGGGAGAUAUUUUUGAAUGAUUGGGAUCCACAAAGGCAUAGAUUUCCUAAUGGCAGCAAUGCAGAUAAAGUUCGGGAAUUCAUAAAGAAUGUCUAUGUCCACGGGAAAUAUGCUGCAGGAAAGACAUCUGAGAAACCUCCGAGAAUUUUGCAGGACCUUCAAAGUCCCGAGGAUAUUUCUAGAAGAGCCAGCUCAUAUCAUUUCUACUCCCAAAGCCCACCAUAUGAUUACCAAUAUGAAGAAAGGGGAUAUGGAAAACAAGCAUUUGCUCUCGUCAGAAAAGCUGGUUCUGACCGAGGCCUUAAAACCUCUGGUUCCUUUAGUCCCAGUCGUAUUGCGGGUGCUGCUAAUGAGGAAAACUUUGUUGAUGAGUAUUCUAAUUCAAGAUCUACAAACUAUUCUACUUCUACUGCAAGUAGCCCUUAUAGGUCAAGUAACCAAUCACCUUCCACUCAGAGCAGCAUCAAGUUCAGUAGCUCUUCCGAUGAAACUUUUAGAGAACGUGUAAAUGCCUGGAAUCAGAAAGCGAAUACUUUUUCAGACACAGACUCCAGUCUAGAUAGGGGCAGAGCUUCAUCUUUGCAGAGGACAACAUCAAACAGCAGUUUUGCAUCAUUUAGCAGCAGCUUCAUGCCCUUCAGUUCAGCAAAUUCUGAGAACGACUCAGGAACAAGAAAAGUUUCUGGAACCCGUUCUAAAUUAAAUACAUUUCUUUCUUUACCAAGUUCUACGGUAUCUAGGAAUCGUGAUAGCCCUGACCUCUUUGAUACUGUGUUUGCUUCCCAAACUGUUACCCAUUCCACUACAGACUCUGAUUUGUUUCACUCCCAUGAAACUUCAUCAAAUUUACCCUUAGAUUUGUUUCAGCCAUCUUCCAUGUCUUUGAUUUCAACUGCUAGCUGUCUGGAACUGUCUCCAGCAUCUCAAGCAUUAUCUUCAGAUGAGAAGGCAUCAAUGGCAACUUUGAAUCAGAAGUCAUCGGAUCUAGUUAACCAACAAAACGGGAGAUGGGCAACAUUUGAUGGACCUCAGAAUAUGGAGCCUUGUCAAGGCAGUCAGAGUUUUACCGUUACCUCUUCCACUUCAGACUCUGACAUGUUUAAGUCUCCUGAAAUUGCACCAAAUAUACCUUUAGAUUUGUUUCAACCAUCUUCCAUGUCUUUGAUUUUAACUUCAAGCUGUCUGAAACUGUCUUCAGCAUCUCAACCAACAUCUUCAGAUCAGAAGGCGUCAAUGCCAACUUUGAAUGAGGAGUCAUCGGAUCCAGUUAACCAACAAAAUGGUAGAUGGGAAACAUUUGCUGGACCUCAGAAUGCGGAGGCUGGUCAAGGCAGUCACUGUUUUACUGGAGCAGAAAUAACUUAUAAUGAGGGAGGUUCCGUAAGUAAUACCAACCAGCACUUGUUCCAAAAUACAAAUCAGCAGUGGAAUGCCUUUUAUGAUUACAGUGCUCAGGUGACUUAUUCCUCAAUGCCUAUACACUGGCAUGGAAGUCAGCACAACAGUGUCAGCCUUCCUUCUGGGAACAAUCAGGCCGGAGCACUGCUAAGUACAACUAACAGAAAAUCUACAAACCCAUUUGAUAUUGCUUAUGAAUCUGAUGCUGAGCUUAGCAACAUGUUUCCAGGAAUGAGUUCAAUGCAAGGUGCGUUACCGAAUAGCCAGAUGCCAAUUGCCUAUAGUCAGUGGCGGAUACAGGAUUUAGUGAAUGGUGUGUCACACAUUUAACAUAUGUAGAGAAAAUUCAGUGUGACAUUUUAACGAACACUUUGUAGUCUCUAAUUUUUCUUUUUCAAAUUACGAUUUCUAAACAAUCUAAAAUUAUGAGUAUCAUAGAGGAGAAUUUUAGAGAUGAAUCAUAUCAAGAACUUAAAAUUUUAGAGUGAAAAAAAUAUAUUGAUAGAGAAGUUUGACAGAGGUAGUAACAUACUGGAUAUAUUAUGUAUACAUCAGUAAGCAUAUGACAUAUGAAUGUAAAAAAAAAAAUUGAAAAAAAAAAAUAAUGAUAGGUCACUUGCCCUACCUUUAGCACCCGUGCAUCCGCCACUGCCUAUAGUGGUGGUGCGACUGGUUUUUGGUUUACCCAGAAUUCAGGGGCAACAUAUGUUCCUCCUGGGCCACAAGGUACCUUCGGACUAUAUGGAGAGCCAGUACAAAACACACAACAAGCGAGUGUUCCAUCAAAAGGGUCUGGAGCUCCUGUUGGAGGAAAUCCUUUUGCAUAGGGUUCAUUGCUCUUAUUUGUUCUCCCAAAGUUGGUAUCAUUGCCAAUACAUUCCAUUUCCCGUAGCAAAGAAUCACAAGUAAAGUGUCCUCAACAGAACAAAAUUUGAAGAUAGACACUGUCCUGGGUUCUUAGAGCAACUUGUAUGUACUGUUCUGGGCAUCGGCACCUUGUAUAAGAUCCCAAUUUAAGGCUCCUGGUCGUACUCGUUUUAUAUAUGAAGGUCAGUUUCUGGUCGAUUUGAUGAGUAUAUAGUUAUA